AUGGUUCUAUUCGCAGCCCGAUCGGUCAAGUCCAAGAACUUCAUCACCAAGGUGAUGUUUCUUGCUGCAGUGGCACGACCGCGGUACAACCCCUCCACCAAGGUGAGCUUCGAUGGUAAGAUCGGGGUCUGGCCAUUCGUUGAAGUGGCCCCAGCCAUUCGAGGCAGCAAGAAUCGGCCCAAGGGAGCCCCUGUUACGGUUCCAAAAAAUGUCAACGGUACGGUGUACAAGGCGUUUAUUUUGGGGAGAGUUGUGCCUGCCAUCAUCAAGAAAUUUCCCCCUGGUGACCUGUCGCGUGGUAUCCGAAUCCAACAGGACAAUGCAAGUUCUCAUCGACAAGUCACGAUGUCUCUGCUGCGUGCCGCUGGAGUCGAAAACAUUGUUGGGAUUGGGGCUGUACUCAGCAACUAA